UCGGAGCCUGAAGAACAGAAGACCCUCCACAGAUGCGGUCCCUUGAGUAGGAGCUGCAGGAGCUGCGUCUCCCCCGCUGCUCCUCUCUGUGAGUUUCCUGGAGGAUGUUCGCGCUCAGGAUCAACAAGUCUCUCCUGCUCUGCGCGCUGUAACUGUGGAUGGCUGCGGGAUGGAGAUAGCCUUGGUGAGCUUUGAGAACGGCGGCGCAAAAGGGAGCGGUGGAGGAGGAGGAGGUGGAGGCAACAUUGCCGAGGAGAGCUGCCGGAACGCGCUGGAUGUCCCUCAGCCGGGCUUCGUUCAAGGCGGGCGGGGAGAGGACUACAGCAAGGAGCUGAACACCCGGGGCGGCCCGCAGCCGCCGCACAGCCCCUGGAAGAUCAAUGACAUGAACAACACUCUGAGCUGCAGCGAGAACGCCAUGGAUGCGCUUUUACGCGCGGACCACAGUCCCCACCUGUUCGACGAGGACAUGCUGGACAUGGACAUGGAUACGGAGAGCAACGAGAGGGUGCUCAUCAACAUCGCGGGUCUGAGGUACGAGACCCAGCUGGGUACCCUCAACCAGUUCCCUGACACUUUAUUGGGAGACCCCGCUAAGAGGAUCAAGUACUUCGACCCGCUCCGGAACGAGUACUUCUUCGACCGGAACCGGCCGAGCUUCGACGGGAUACUGUAUUUUUAUCAGUCCGGAGGAAAGAUCCGGAGACCCGUCAACGUGUCCAUAGACGUGUUUGCGGACGAGAUCCGGUUCUACCAGCUGGGGGAGGAGGCCAUGGACCGGUUCCGCGAGGAUGAGGGCUUCAUUAAAGAGGAGGAGAAGCCGCUGCCGCAGAACGAGUUCCAGAAGCAGGUCUGGCUCAUCUUCGAGUACCCGGAGAGUUCCAGCCCGGCCCGUGGCAUCGCCAUCGUGUCCGUGAUCGUCAUCACCAUAUCCAUCAUCACCUUCUGCCUGGAAACGCUGCCGGAAUUCAGGGAUGAGAGGGAGCUGGCGGUCACCAGCCGUCUGGACAACAGCACGGCGCCCCGGCCGUCGCUCACCUUCACCGACCCCUUCUUCAUCAUCGAGACCACGUGCGUCAUCUGGUUCACCUUCGAGCUCAUCGUGCGCUUUUUUGCGUGCCCCAGCAAGUCCGAGUUCUCCAAGACCAUCAUGAACAUCAUCGACAUCAUGUCCAUCAUGCCUUACUUCAUCACCGUGGGCACUGAGCUGGCGGAGCAGCAGGGCCAGGAGCACCAGAACGGUCAGCAGGCCAUGUCUCUAGCCAUCCUGAGGGUCAUCCGCUUGGUCCGGGUCUUCCGCAUCUUCAAGCUGUCUCGACACUCCAAAGGGCUGCAGAUCCUGGGCCAGACUCUGAAGGCCAGCAUGCGCGAGCUUGGCCUGCUCAUCUUCUUCCUCUUCAUCGGGGUCAUCCUCUUCUCCAGCGCUGUGUACUUCGCCGAAGCUGACGAGCCGGAGUCCCACUUCUCCAGCAUCCCCGACGCCUUCUGGUGGGCGGUAGUCACCAUGACAACUGUGGGUUAUGGUGACAUGAGGCCGGUGACAGUCGGGGGGAAGAUCGUGGGCUCUCUGUGCGCCAUCGCCGGAGUGCUGACCAUCGCGCUGCCGGUGCCCGUCAUCGUGUCCAACUUCAACUACUUCUACCACCGGGAGACGGACCAGGAUCAGUCCUCCCUGAAGGACGAGCCCAACAGCGGCAGAGAGAGCCCCGAGCUUAAGCGCAAAGGCAGCAAAGCGUCCGUGAAGUCUCAGGAUGUGGAGAACAACGAGGCGGGCGCUUCGGUGGAGAAAACGAACAUCAAAGCAAACAGCAGCGUGGACUUCAAGAGAUCCCUUUACGCGUUCUGUCUGGACACGCGGGAGACGGACCUGUAGCCGUGCACGAGCACACCUGGGCUUAAAGCAGAUACAGUCGUGUAGAAUAAACCCCAUUAAUGGGCUCUUAAGUCUUUGCACAUUGCAGUUGGAGGAUCAACACAUUGCAAUCCUGAAAAGUUUUAAGAGGGUUGGUUUAUAAAAAGCACACUUUAAUCCCCAUCAUCUGGUAAGCACGACAGUUAAAAGUGCGGAGUUAUGAACGAGCUGCAGCGCAUGUGAUGCAACACAGAGGCCCUUUAAUAAAGCAGGGACACCUGCAGAGCAUCAAAUCUAACUCAUGGAUGAAUUAGAGGGAAGUGGGACAUCAGAUGCUGCAGAUAAUCAGGGACAAGCACGACUCGGAAUAAUUACUUGACACAGUGAGAGGAUUACCGGGACCAACCAGACUGUGUAUAUAAUGCAGGACGCAGACCACAUUCAGUAGUGCAACAACAACAACAACAACAACAACAAAUAAUAAUAAUAAUAAUAAUAAUAAUAAUAAUAAUAAUAAUAAUAAUAACAAUAAUAAUAAUAAUUUCCCAACUGUGAUGUUUAUACUGGCAGCAGACGUGUAAAUAUUCCCCACAGGCUGCUCUUAUUGUAGAAAAACAAAAGUAUAUUUUUGAGAUGCAGACACCUGUUUUCCUUCACUCAGGUUCUGUUUAAAUCAGAGAGGGUUUGGGGGGGACCUCAGCCUUGAACUUUUAAAUAAAGAACAUUUGGGAUUUUUUUUUAAACUGAGGGAACAACAGCCAAGAAAAGAGGACAGAGCAGAAACCGUCUGGAGAGAUCGAGCAUCAGCGAUACCAGAGAGUUUAAGCCCUGCCCUCCAACCAUCAGGAGAGUCGAUCCGACCACAUGAAUCCCCUCCAUCAGGAAACGCCAACAACUAAAAACCUGCUGCUGUGCUUUGAAAAUCAGCAUCAUCCACCCUUUUUAGAACUCUGUGCCUUCAACCAAAACUCACCAGUGAUACUUCUGAAGCUUUCUUUUUUUUUUUUUUUUACUUUUUUUUCUUUUUUCAAGCAGGACUCAGAGGACAUAUCUGCCUGAUGAAGGAGGGCCCGGGAUCCUGCUGCUGUCUCUCUGAAGAAAAAAAACAAUAAAACCCGACAUGCAACGUUUCAAUCAUUUUAACAUCCCACCGUGUUCUUUUUUUAAUCAACCAACUGUGUCAGUGAUUUACUUCAUAUCGGAAGAAAUCCCUUGCUGUGCAAUAUCAUUGAUAUUUACGUGAAGCUGUUAUGUGGAUGUAGACUUUGGAUGAACUUUUUGGUUUAUUUUUUUAAUGAUCUUUUCCUGAUUUCUAUUUUUCUAAAACGGUGUAAGAGAGAUGAUGGGAUACAAACAAAAAACAAAUUUUAACAAAGACGGAACCUUCACUUGUUGGUAAAAAGGGUGUUUAGUUUUCCUUAAAUCCUCCCCUUCCUGCUGUGACCAGGGCCAAAGCCAUAGCCUAUCUCAGAUAACAAUGGACGAAGCAUUUCAAAUGACCGGUGUCCCUAACAGCAAGAUGCAUUCAGGGUCUCACAUUCUCACGUGUCAGCUCAUCUUAGCUGUUUGUUUCCUGUUUUUUUCAGGGCCUUGAAUCCGAAGUAUUUAGUGCUCCCUACCUUUGUGUGGCCUGUUUUUCUUGCUGUUAUUUUGUACUUCCUCCUACAUAUCAGUCAAGCAACUUUAAGUGGCAUGAUUAUGUGUGCCUGUAGAGAGAGACAUGAAUGAGUGUCUUCUUUACAAAUUGGACAUAAAGUACUGUAAACUUUCAAAUAUGUCACAGAAUAAUGGCUGGAUAACAAAUCCAUGAAACAGGGAUCUAGUGGUUUAAAAAAUGUGGAGUCAAUUAGUUAAGUGUCUAAAAUACAAAUGGUUUUUCUAGAAUAACCCUUUAUUUGGAAGCAUACUCAACAAAACCACCCAUUCAAACUGUAAUUUUUCUAUGAGCUUUAUAAAAAAAUGAAAAAAAAUAAAAUAACUUUACCAGCAAUUACAGAUUUCAAGGGUUACAUGACAGCUUAUCGAUUAUAUAUUUAUUAUUUACUAUUAUAUAUUUAUUUUUAAAAUUAUAUAAAUGAGUAGUACCUCUACAGGGCAGCCAAGUCAACUAAGCAAAGGAUUGGAGCUGGUAGUUCCUAUAAAACUGUCCACACCCUAAACAUCUCAGUUAAGUGUGUUCGUCUCCUUUGGAUGCUUUAUAAAUGUGAUAAAACUGAAAUAUCUUGGGUUUUCAAGUGAAUUUGCAGAACAACGGGAAAACAAGGGUCCUGCUGCUUUUUGGAGACUGAAAUGUUGAUGCUGUAUUAAACUGGCAUCCUAAAGGAUUCUAAAAUGUCAUUUUGUCAGAUACCUCACAUAACAGCACACACACCAAAACAACACUUUGUGUGUAAAUGACCAUCGCCAGGAGCUGUGACAGGGCAGCACAAGUUGACAUCCAGUUCAAUAUUUUAUCAAGCAAAUCUUCAUUUUCUGACCUAUUUAAUUUUAUAUAAAAAAAAGGCUUUCUGUAACAUUAAAGUUCCAGAGUGUAAAAUAUCACCACCAGAAGUCAGCAGAUUGCAGACUGUAGUCAACUGAGUUCUGUUUUUUUGCGUCUUGCAAUUCAAGUACAUACCUAGCGACCGUGGCCACUGUAGGACAAACACAUUUUAAUCAGUCAAGAGAUAGUUUAAGAGAUCUAAAACAUCACAUAAUGGCUGUAGUUAAAACACUGUAACUAAUAUAUUAUAUAAUAAAAUAAUAUCCAAACUAUUUUUAACAUGUUUGAAUAAUAUUAACACUUAGCAAUAAAUCAGAAAAAUUAAAAAUAAAUGUUUCACUUAAAUAUUUUAUGUUUUUAUCCCUGAGACACCUCAAAGCUUUAGUUGCUGUUCAUCUGUAGUGAGUGUACCCAGAAAGCAAAGUCACUCCAGACCAGAUCAGCCCUAGAUUUUUCUUUCCCUAUCUUUGUCAGUCCACUGUUUACCUCAGCUGUCAAUGCCGGGUGAGAAGCAUCCAAAUCUAUUUUGUCUGGAAGAGGCUGAUAAACUUUGUGAAAGAAGUCAGACACAAGUCAAUGUGUUAGUGAAGAUCACUUCUGUCUGAUAACAGUGAUAACUGAGGUGACUUGUUGAGUAUAACAACAACUCAACUUAUAUAAAUAGUUUCUUUUUAAGAUACUUUGUUGAAGUUAGACUUAUAUUUUGUGAGACGAACCAUUUAAAGCCAUCUUUGAAAACCAAAACCUCAAAAUUAAGUAAGUAAAAUUUUAUUUAUAUAGUACCUUUCAAGACAGAGAUCACAAAGUGCUUCAUAAAGAAAUGCCAGAGCAUUUACAACAAAAAAGACAAAAAAAAAAGUUAACCAAACACAAAGAUUAGUUUUUAGUUGUUUUUUUUUAAAGAGACUACAGAGACUACAUUGUCCACAGAUCUCAAGGUCAAAGGUGGAGAGUUCCAGAGUCUGGGGGCCACAGUGGCAAAAGUUAUGUCUCCCUUAGUUCUCAGCCAUGCUACUAUAUAAGCUAAGAUUCAAAGAUAACUAAAUGUUUUACAGGAAAUAAGCUCUGUCUGUAAAGACUACGAGCCAGAAAACUUGAAACUUAACUGGGAAAGCUUUAAUAAAUCCAAUUUUAAACAUAAUCUAUAACACCAUCUCCAGUUACUGGAUUUAAAAGGUGUUCUGUCCCAUAUAACAAUAAGAACUUGUGCCUCUUCUCACUUUAACUUUGGCCAACCACCACAGCCGACUGAGAGAAUAAUCAAAAUAUGAGCACAGAUUUUCACUCAGCACUUUUGGAAAGAAGAUACUGCAGAGAUGUGAUAUAUGGUUUAUAAACUCUAAGAUUAUAUUAGCUUGUUGUAUAUCAAUCCUUACAAAUGUGCUGUACAGUGGUUUAUAGUUUGCAUCUAAAAGAUAGAUAUGAAAUCCUGAUAUGAAGCCUCCAGCUGAGCGUGCUCAUGCUUGACCAGAGAGCAGAUGUUUACCGGGCUAGAGGUGACAGGAGCUAAAGGGCUGGUUUCAACAGAUUUCUGUACAACAGGGCGUCUUUGUUUGAGGUUCUUCCUCACAGUCUUCAUUUGUAAGACCCAGAAGGUUUCUUUAUUUUAGUGUGAAGAAGUUUAAAUACAUACUGAAAAUAUUCACAAUUAAUAAAGCAUCCAUUUAUAAAACUGAGGAACCGCCUCAGAUGUUUAAUAGAAGGAAUAUGUCUCUGUGUUUCCACAUAAAACUGGUAAAAUGUCGUCACAGAAAAAUACUGCUGUGAUGAAUCAAAGAAACUCAUCAGCAGGUUCUUGUGUUUAACCACCUUAGUUUGGCUUACAGUGGCGGGCCAUGAGUGAUGUCUUUGUCACUUAGAAGGCUGCACCACUGAGGAGGAUCAGUAAUGAUGAUUAUUAGUCAUUUUUGACAACUUGCAACAUGCUGCAUACUGGUGCAAUGAAAAGUCCCAAACUUACACCACUCUUCUUCAGAUGUUUUUGCACUCUCUAAAGUUAUCCAGGGAACCCAUUAGAACUAAACAUUUGAAACUGACACUUCAGUAGAAAUCUAGAAUAUUUCCAUUUGAAAAAAGCAGUCUUGAGAUUGAACAUUAUACUCAGGCAGGUUCAAUUAAAGGUAAAAUAAGAUGUAGACUUUCAAAUAUUUAAGAAAGACCAUGUGGAAUAAUAAAUAUGUUUAGAAGUGGAAAGUGGAAAAAAGUAAAAAUAUAUAGGAAAACUACAGCCUGACAAUGCAGCAGAUAACUUCAUGUACCAGUGAAACCUGUCACCAGUGGAUAAAAAUAUCAUUUCUUGAAAGAUGAUGGUUAUUAAUCUUCUAUUGAAGAUAAAAGCCUGAAAUUACUCAGAAACAUCUUCAUAUUGCAUAUAAAAGAUGGGAAUCAUAGCUGGUGGUACAGCCCAGGCUAUGGCACCAGGUUGUGGGUUUGGAUCUCUUAGUUGGAGGAGUCAGAUCUCUGGGCUAAAUGUGGCCCUGUCUGUAACUUGGACACUAAUUUGGACCAAACUGUUAUUUCUUUUCUGAUUUUUAUGUCCAAAUGCUAGAAAAUUAAGAUGAGUUGAAGCUGUAAAUUUGAUUUUCUGUGGUAAACAAGUUGCCUCCAAGGCUGGAAGUGAAAGUCAGCUUUAACAUUUUGGUACUUUUGAAAUUAUUGACUCAGAUGAGCUAGGACACAAAAUCUGGGUACAUGUGUCUGCUUUUAUUGUGAAACACUAAAGGAAUUCCUUAGUUUUUACAAAUAAACAAUAACCAUGAGUGAACUAGGAUGAAGAAACCAUGAGAAAAAUAGGCCUGUUUGAGAUUUUACAGUACUUCCUGUUUUAUUGUCUCUGCCCUGCUCUCUGUAGCUGUGAACUGUGCUCCAUCAACCCUUGAAGCUGCUAACUCUGUACUGUGUAGAUCGGAGAUGUCGGAGAUGUCCAACCUUACCCUAAAGUCCUACAAGCAUCCUGCAUUAGCUCUCCAUAUACCUCUUUCACACACAAACACACACUGCUCAUCAUUAGAAUCAGUUGCAAUUUAUCUUAUUCAGUUUGAUUCAGUUUGUGCCUCUCAAGGAAUUGUUAUUCUCUGACUGCCAAACUAAACAAUCUUAUUGUGUCACGUGAUAUUCCUGCUUUAAUUCACAAAACGGGCGUUGACGAAUAGAGGUGGUGCAGACAGUCCUCUAUAGGUUUAAUCAGAUGGUGUACACGUGAGGACUGAUCGGCACCUAUCAGUAACUUUUGCACAUACCUGCUCCAGUUUUGUAAAUUUCGCUUUAUGCUGACAUCAUAAGUAAUUGUUACCUUCAGUAAUCAUCAUUAUUUCCAUUUAGGAUCUGAUAAUGGUGUUUUAUUAGGACCACAGAGAUUUUUCUCCGGGAGAUCUGAUUUCCAGAGAUGAAGCUGCAUCAAUCUUUUAUUCAGUAAUUCAAACUAUUUUAGCUCCUAAAAUUAUUACUGUAUUUUUCAGACCAUAAGGCGCACUGGAUUAUAAGGCGCAUUAAGCGAAA